CCUCAGGAUUCCAGCGUGCUGGUCCCUUGUUUGUAUCCACCUUCAAGACUCAACGAUAUAACGGCUUUGUUUCUUCCGUUUCAUUUACCACGACUGCACCAAUAUGUCGGCAUUUUUCUACCAGCAACAGCAGCAUGCUCACCACGGUGCCACUGCACACAUGCAGCCUUCGAAUAACCACCACGGCGGACGCUCUCGGCGAGGACCCAAAAUGGCCGCCCAAAACGCCCAGCGCCAGUUUCGGGGUGUAAAAAGCAUGAGAGAGCUCGCUGAGGCUCCUGCGGUGACUGCCUUCCGCGCGAGGUUCGAGGCUGGACGGUCUUUCGACUUGGACGACGACCUGGAGUUCUGCCCCAGUCUCCUGACCGAGGACGAUCUUCACUCAAUCCAUUCCGCUGGCUCAGAUCGGUCGUCUCUUUCCAGUGGCUCUCCCGAUUCGUCCCCUCUCCAACAUCAAAUUCAGCCUGUUCAGCAGGUGACACCGUCCAUCUCUUUAUCUCCCGCAUCCAGCAACUCAUACGUCCAUUCCGGUGUUACCGGUAAUCUUAAUCACGUGAACUUCCAGCAACCAUCUGCAGUCCGCACCCGCAAGGUCAUCCCUAUCGUGAACCCUCAUACUGGCAUGACCUUGACCAGCCCGCCUACGUCCAUCUCCCCGGCCUCGAUGCAGAAUGCCCAGCGUCGCUGGUGAGGACCGCUAUCUUACCAGUCGCCAUGUCACUAGCCAAGGGCCUGCGCCCAUGACAUGUCUUCCACUUCGUCCGGCUUCUGCAUCAUCGGGAUUCCCUAACCGCGGGUCUUAAUUUUCGUUGCUUUGUUUAUUAUUUGACAUGGCCAUCGCAUCUCUUUACGACUAAACCGAUAU